AAACCAACGCAGCUGGCGGCGGAUCCAUAAGAGAAGAAACCACAACAGUCUCAAUGUAUAUCCCCAUCUUUUAUAAAAAAUAAACGGUGGGGAUCAUACUCAACCGCCUGAUCAAACGGUGCAAAGAAUAACCGCGUUUUACGAAGCCAACCCAUGAAUCCGUCAUCCUCUAAAAUAAAUCAUGCUCUAAGACCCUAACCGUGUUCUUCCUCUUUGCGUCCCCUUCUCCAAGCUCCCUUCACAACACAACCAGGCCACGCCUGCCUCCUCCUAACUUAAAACAAAAAAAAAAAAAAAAAACAAAACCAUACCCACCCAGAAUCCAAACAAGCUUUCUAAUCUCCAUAACUUAGAAAGAUUGGUUAGUUUUUUCUUUUCAAGGGGUUUCAAUCUGUGUCUCAUUAAUUAACAGAGCCACGCCACAUACACAGAGAGAAAGAGAAAAGGGAAGAUGCAAACCAACGGUUCUGAUUCCUCACAGCAACAGCAACAGCAACAGGAACAGAAUCAACGGCAACAACCGCCACCGCUGCCACAGCAGCAGUGGAUGGCGAUGCAGUACCCGGCGGCGACCAUGGUAAUGCAGCACCAUAUGAUGCCGCCUCAGCAUUACGCGGCGCCACCACCGCAGCACUACAUGGCGUACCACCAGUACCAGCAGCAGCAACACCAGCACGUGCAACAUCCACAGCAGCAACAACAACAGCACCAGCAGCAGCAGGGAUCUAGCGGCGAGAACAAAACCAUCUGGGUCGGAGAUUUACAUCACUGGAUGGAUGAGAAUUACCUUCACACCUGCUUCGUUUCCACUGGCGAGAUUGCUUCCAUUAAGGUAAUUCGCAAUAAGCAGACUGGCUUGUCUGAGGGCUAUGGAUUUGUGGAAUUUUUUUCACAUGCAACAGCAGAAAAGGUUCUACAGACCUAUGCAGGCAUUUUGAUGCCUAAUACAGAACAGCCCUUCCGUCUAAACUGGGCUACAUUUAGUACCGGUGACAAGCGUUCAGAUAAUGUUCCUGAUCUAUCUAUUUUUGUAGGAGAUUUAGCAGCAGAUGUUACAGAUAGUUUAUUGCAUGAAACUUUUGCAAGUAGAUAUCCAUCUGUUAAAGCUGCAAAAGUUGUCUUUGAUGCCAAUACAGGCCGUUCAAAGGGUUAUGGUUUUGUGAGGUUUGGGGAUGAUAAUGAAAGGUCACAAGCCAUGACUGAAAUGAAUGGUGUUUAUUGUUCAAGCAGGCCUAUGCGCAUUGGUGCUGCUACUCCUAGGAAGUCAUCGGGAUAUCAACAACAGUAUUCUUCACAUGGGGGAUAUGUGCCAAAUGGUGCAUCAACCCAAGGAUUCCAAUCUGAUGGAGAUUCUUCAAACACAACAAUAUUUGUUGGAGGGCUUGAUCCUAAUGUGUCUGAUGAAGAUCUCAGGCAGCCUUUCUCUCAGUAUGGAGAGAUAGUCUCUGUUAAAAUACCGGUUGGAAAAGGAUGUGGCUUUGUACAAUUUGCCAACAGAAAUAAUGCAGAGGAGGCAUUGCAGAAAUUGAACGGGACAGUAAUUGGCAAACAAACAGUGCGCCUUUCAUGGGGUCGCAAUCCAGCAAACAAGCAGUUUAGAGCAGAUUUUAGCAAUCAAUGGAGUGGGGCGUACUAUGAAGGGCAAGUUUAUGAUGGCUAUGGAUAUGCUCUGCCACCACCUCAUGACCCAAGCAUGUACGCUGCUGCUGCAGCUUAUGCAACCUAUCCUGUUUAUGGCAGCCACCAGCAACAAGUAAGCUGAGGAAGCUCCACCUUUUUCAUAUGGCCAGCGACCAACAGCAAUAAGCUUAGUUGGCUACAUGAGUAUUUCUAGUAGUUAGACAUCACGACUCUAGAAUCUCCAAUGCUCUGUAAUUUGCUUGGUGCUGUAGAAUUCUCAUUAAUCCCUCCGAUUGUGGAGUGGAACUGAAUUUUGUUGAAGUGAGAUAGCUAUGCAAGGAUUUGGUUAAUAAUUUUUUCUAGAAUCACAAGAUUUUGAAAGAACCUUCAAUAUGUGUUUGGUGGCAGUGUUAGCAGCGAGCAUCAUGUUUUAUAGUAAUGAAAUACGGCAUGUAGAGUUUUAUUCCUA